UUUUUAUUCGUGUUCGUGUUUGAAAUUGAAAAAAUUUUGUCUUCGAAAUAAAUCGAAAUAAAACACAAUUAUUGUAAAUAAAAACAAAAAAUUAUAUAAAAUAAAUUUAAUUUAGUUGGCAUAUUUUAUAAUUUGGAUACUCAUCAUGUCUGACGACGAAGAAUAUUCACCCAAACGAAUUAAAUCAUCAAUGUCUGACGAUGAGCACAUUGAACCGCCCGCCUUCAGUCCAGCUACCCUUGGUCUGCAUCGUGUCGGUACCUUGCCACCUCCAAAACCUCAACCCUCACAACCAAUUCAAAUGUUAAAUGCACGUGGAAUGCCCGCUCGCGUUCGAAAACGUAAUCGUCUCUUCUUUGACGAUGAACUGGUAAAUGAUAAUAAAGCUCUUGGUGUUAAUCAAUCACCUCGCAAAAAUACCAUACCACAAAAACAACCAAGUACACCAGUUAAAACUCCAUCAAAAGUUUUAAAAAAGAGAAAAACAAUCGGCGGUACACGUUAUGUACGUUACGAAGAAAAGCAACAAACACCUCCGGAAAAACGUUCUCCCAGCAAAUACUUUUCAUCCCCAACAGCAUCAACAUCACGAAAUGCACUGAUACCAGCCGACAAGCGAAUGGGUCAACAAAUUGGUUUACGUUUAAGAAAUUUGCUUAAGUUGCCCAAAGCCCACAAAUGGGUUAUAUUUGAAUGGUUCUACUCAUUUGUAGACAAGCCUCUUUUUGAAGGUGAGAACGAUUUUCAAAUCUGUCUAAACGAAUCAUUUCCAAAUCUGAAAACAAGACAACUUACUCGCCCCGAAUGGCAAAAGGUGCGAUCGCUCAUGGGAAAACCCCGUCGCUGUUCUCAAGCAUUUUUCGAUGAAGAACGCUGUGAACUCGAACGUAAAAGACAGAAAAUACGCUUUCUUCAAACAAGAAAGCAAGCCGGUGACAUCAACAAUUUCGUUCGCGAUCUUCCCGAUAAGAUUCCACUGCCAUUGCCAGUGGGUACAAAAGUAACAGCUCGUCUGCGUGUACCCCAAGAUGGCAUAUUCAGUGGCAGCGUCGAUGCAUUCGACUCGCUUAGCUCUACUUAUCGGGUGUCUUUUGAUCGCAACGGCUUAGGCACACACUCAAUCCCCGACUUUGAAAUUGUAUCAGAUAACUUCUUUGAAAUGUUGCCGUUGACCAGCCUCAUGCAAGACUUCCGACCACGUUAUCUAAAUGGCAAUCUCAUACACACACCCACAAGAAGUCGAAACUCUUUGAAUCGCAGUGAUCCAUUGUUGGGCCAACAGCAAUAUGACAGUCCGUUCAAGAAUCCAGUUAUUGAACGCGACACUAUCGGUGGCUUCCCAGUGAAGCUAUUAGAGACCAUUGUUCGAUUGAAGCGGGCAAUUGCUAUAAAGAAAUCCAAACUGAAUCGACUGAAAGACAUGAAUUCAGAGGCAGAAAUUAAAAAUGCAGCAGCAGCUGCAUCGUCUUCUUCAUCCGCCGGAGAGCAUACUCUUUCCGAAGAAUUUCAACGUCGAUAUGCCAGCAUUGUGAUAUCAAUGGAAAAAAUGAAUCGUGACAUGCAAGAAUAUUUAAAUGGUAUACAAAGUUUUGCUGGUGAUCUAACCCGUGACCCACAAGUUCAAGCAAUGUUGGCACCAUCUUAUUUAAGAGAAAAGUGUCGUGAAUCAGCCGACGAUUCGGUGCUUCGCAAUAAUCAGGGAACCGUUCAAGAUGCCCAAGUUUUACGUUUGAUUAAAAAUUUGGCUACUGUUUUGUUAGUUGCUUCACACUUGAGUAGUGAAUCAAAUUCACAGGUAACCAAAGUGCUGGAGGGUUGUAUCGAAGAGGUGAAAGCUGGUCUAUUGGAUAGCGAUAAUGUUGAAGUGUUUCAAAAACACGUUCAAAUCCAUUUACACCAUAUUCGACUUGGCAUUGGUCAAUUGGCUAUGUCACCGAGUAGAAAUGUGCAGCAGCACAAUGCAACUUUGACAGGGGCCACUGCAGGGACGAGUGAUGAAUCUGGUCGCAGCACUCCAGUUUAACUUUACUUUAAUUAACUAAAAUCUAUUUAAUUUUACUUUUGUUGUAUAUUCAAAUUUUCUAUUGAAUUAAACAUAUUUUUUUUUCUAUCCCCAAA